GGAUUGUGAGGUAACGGUUGAUGAGCUCGUUCUUGUUGUUGUUAGUGGCGUUUCCGUUCACACUUUUAAUGGUUGCCUGAAUACCCGAAUGGAAAAAGGUGUCGUUCUGCUCUUCAUUGGUGUCACAUUACUCUUAGAUUAACAGGAACCAAGGCGGUUAUAAUGCUUAAGUCCAUAAAAGAUGAAGAGUUUUGGUUGUGGUCAUCGAUAAAGAAAUGGAUGGCUAUGACGAGGACAUAAGCGAGAAUCCAUUUUACAAAGCUUUUAUAAGCAAAGGGAAGUCCUUGUAUAACCUAGCUGCCGACAACAGAUGGACGAUAUGUAUACCAAGAAAAGGAACAACCAACAGAAGCCACCAUACAAAUCAAAGUUUUGAAACUCAUAUACUGAAACCAGUUCAAGGGCAGGAAGAAAACCUUUAUGUAACACAAAAUGAAAAGGAAGUUAAAGUCAAUGGUGGUGACUACAUUGUAACUGUUAAAGGGUUCUCUGAUGUGAAGACAGUACGAGUCCUCUUUGAAGAGACCUUCUUCAAUCCUCAAGAAGAAAGCUACCAUAUUCUUUGUAUUGAUCAGCCUCUAGAUGGAGAAGUGUUCAGAGUUGAGCAGCCUGUUCUCCAGAAUCUUGAAACUCUCCAAAACUGCAUAGAAUUUCUUUCAGCAGGAGCAGGAAGUAAAAGGAGUCGGAAGAAAAUUGAUGAAGUAGUUGACCUUUUUAACACAACAUAUAGAAGGUUGGAAACAGAGUCAAUCAGACAUGCUAUGGAUGCAGCAAAUGCUGUAUUUACAAGGGCAAUGCAGACUGUACUUAAAGAGCCACAUUUUCGAAGGCCAGCUGAUGGUAGCAAAGCCUUCAUGGACAACCUUAAAGUAGCCAUAGAGACGUAUGUGAUGGCGGGUCUUUACAAACGGAUAUUCAAGGGACUUUGCUCUUUUCUUGCUAAUGAGGAUGCAGAACUGAAUAAGAUCACAAGAAAUUUAGCGGAUCUUCAGGUUAAAGACCUAGGAAUCAAGCCUCAACUUUGCAAGAAUAUUCCAAGAGCUAAAAAGAUUCUUUCCAACCUUAACAGGUUUGCUACGCCUUUGGAGAAACUUUAUGUGCUGAAACUGACUGUCAUGUCUGUCUCUGAAGUGAAAGAUCUAUCUGAUGCAAUAACUGCGGAUGAUUUACUUCCAGUGCUUGUUUUUCUGGUCGUCAAAUCAGAAAUUCCAAAUUGGUUGGCGAACCUUACAUAUAUGUACAAUUUCCAUUUUUCAAAAUCAAAACAUUCGGAAUUUCAAUUCUACUUAUCUUCGAUUGAAGCUUCAACCGAAUACGUGAGAAGCGGAAAGCUGAACCAUCUGAUAGGCCUUAGUCAUGCUCAGCGACAAAGUUCUUUGGCUAAACUGUUUCAAAGAAUGGACAGCACUGAUAAGUCUCAGGGACCUUCUCCUGUUGAAACUCUUUUUGAGGAAAUUAGAAAGGGGAAUAUUGAUACUGUCCUAAGAAUGCUUCGUAAAGGUACUGCUGCAAGCAAACCAUUAAACGAACAACUGUGUCAUCCUCUUUGUUCUUGCGACUCCUGUGAAAAGUUAGCUGCUAGCAAAAGAAACGACCCAAUGGCUGUAACCGUAUUUUCAAGAGAUGACAUAGGGUCCACUGUUCUGCACCCAGCUGCUGAAUUCGAUCAGGAAAAACUAUUGUUUGAGCUAAUAAAACUUGGUGCCGUGGUCAAUGCAACCAAUUAUCAUGGCAGUACGCCGCUGCAUUUGGCUUGCUUAAGGGGUCAUAAGAAAGCUGCUAUUAUGCUGACCCACUACAAUGGUAAUGCUACGGCUGCUGAUAAUGAUGGCAACACACCUAUUCACUUGGCUGCUGCAAAUGGACAUGAAAAGGUUGUCGAGGCACUAGUUCUUGUAGCUGCUCCAUGUAAACUUACGCUAAAGUUGAAUGCAGCAAACGACCAUGGCGACACGCCACUGCACAUUGCUGCUCGAUGGGGAUUCAGCAACCUCGUGGAAAUUCUAUUAGAGAACGGUGCAUCUGUGGAAGCCAGAAACAAUAGCAAAGAGACGCCCAUUCAAUGUGCUGCAAACUCUAAGAUCCAAGAACUCCUGGCAAAAGCAACGACAGAUGAGCCACAGGAACAGCAUUAUAUUUACGUCCAGCCAAAUGAUUCUCCAGAAAGUAACAGUAAUUCGUUUCCUGGUGAAGUUGUACGAAGUCCGAAAUCCCCCAUCGCAUCACCAAAGACAAAACGGAAAAUUAAAGAGCUUCAAGUGCUGUUAAAGGUUGUUGCAGAUGGUGAUCUGGAAAUGCUCAAACUCAAACUUGGAAUCCCAGAAACGGAAGAGGAUAUGGACGCCACAGACUUCGGAACACCAGUAACUGGACUUUGCCAUCCGCUAUGUCAAUGCAGCAACUGUGUUGGAUCUCAGAAAAAUCCUAUUAACGAGUCGUUAAAUCAGAUUGUAAAUACGGCGAAUGAAGAUGGUGUCACGUGUUUGCACAUAGCUUCACUUCAUGGCUACGACCGUAUUGUUGCAUUGCUGCUUAACCGCGGAGGAGCCUUCCCUAACUGUCGCACAAAUGUUAGUUUGAAAACCCCAUUGCAUCUUGCGUGCCAGUAUAACCAUUUCGAGUGUGUUUCAUUGCUACUGAAAUACGGAGCCAAAACAGACUUAAAGGAUACAUCAGGCAAUACUCCUUUACAUUUUUGCUGCAUGAAUGGACAUGUGCAGCCAGCAAUUCUUCUGCUCAAGAAUGCAGCUAAUGUAAAUGCUUUGAAUAGACGAGGAAAUACUCCUUUGCAUGAAUCUGCAAGAUGGAACUGGCCGGAUCUAGUGACAGUCUUGCUGUACUAUGGUGCAUCAACUAAAAUAAGGAAUAAAUCCAACCUUACUUGUUUACAGUAUGCUCAGCACGACGAGGUAAUAGAAUUGCUUCGCAAUGCUGAUGUAGAGGCAGAUGAGACAAGUUCUUCAAAAAAUAAGCAGCAAAAUAGUCAGCCUAGCUCAAGGUCAAACUCUUUCCACAACUCUCCUGUAUCCUUCUUUGACGAUGACGAGGCUUUCCAGGCCGAUGAAGUCUUCAGCAAAUCGUCUGGAUUAGACCAACAUGAAAAUGAUCUGGCUUCUUCAAGAGCUGAUUUUGCAGUAACUUCCAAAGAUCAGAGACACAAGAACGAUGGCGAUCAAAAGAUGGAAGGGAGAUUGCCGACGCAAAGAAAAACAACUAUAUCUAAUCUUUUUCAAGCUUACGAAGAGGAUGAUAAGGAAAAACUGAAGGAACUUGUUGCUGGAAUUCAAAAAUUUGAUAAGAGAAAGAAACUACGACGCGUGAGUACCAUCGACAAAAGCGAGCCAGUUUUUGAUCAGCAUCUGGUGCAAAUGCUAUCAAUACAGCAUUUCGAUUUAUCGUCACUUCGUCACGUUGACAUUCAGCACCAUCCUGAGGGCCGAAUUUCUAAGUCUCCUGUAGUGGAAGAUGAUAUGGAUUUGUCAGAGUACUGGCAAAAAUUCGAAGAAGACAAAGAAAUGGAUACAAUUAAAAAAAGUAGUGAUUUGGCUUCUGAUGACGAAAUUGAUGAAAAACCGUCACCCGCACAUUCGUCCCAGGAUCAUUUUCAUGAAAAAGUACAGUCUAACCAAACAUCUGAAUCCUCAAACCUUUCAAGUGUAUUCGAUAUUGAAUACCGAAAAACAGAUCUUCCAGAGGAAUCAGGUCUUCUGAAAACUGAAGUUGGCUCUUUACCACUUGAAAGUCAGCAACACUAAAAAAACCCAUUGGGAGGUCCAGGAGCUCAAAGGCCCGGAUGAAAAUUCAAGGCAUUCAUGAUCAGCUGUUUUCUCAGAUAACAAUAGAUCAUCAUUAUCUGCUGGUGAUGUAUUAGUUUCUAUAAUUGUAAUGGAGGCGGAUGAAAGUUGACUGAUGUGUCUGCUUGAAGAGAUAAGGAUCACAUUUGAUCUGAGAACACAAAGCUUCGCUAGAUUAUUUUGCAAUAUUUAGUGACUGCAUUGCGGAAUAUUUUUCUUUGUGGAAAAACCAAUUGAUUUUAAACAGAUAACUACGUUGUGAACUUAUUGUAACAAUAUUUGAUAAUUUAAAACGCUCGGCGUUUGAUUGUUUAAGACGAACAACUACAGAGUAACUGAUUCAUGUCUAAGAUCACGCACUGUCAUUCCUCAAUUCAUCUCAGGCCCACCAAGAGUGUUUCUGGAGCCUGGGGCAAAAAAGAAAGAUCGGGCCCUUGACGAUGUCCUUAUAGCUUCGAUUGUAAUUUUGUUUUUAUUUAAAACGAUAUGUUAGGAACUUUUGAUAACUUUUGGGGCCCCUCUCGUCUCGGGGUCUGGUGCAAUCUGCCAUCUUGCCCUCUCUCGGCAGGCCCUGUUCAGCUACACAGCAAAGUAUAUUUUACGCUGCUGGCUGCGUACAAAAAUUUUCUGCACGUAGCUUGGAAUUACUUGAAAAAAGCUGAUUUGGUUUGCGAUUUAGAAAUUAGCGAUUUAGAAAUUUAGAAAUAAUCAUUAGCAAUUUAGAAAUAUUUCAUUACUUGAGGGAGGGAUCAAUUUUGAUUUUUUAGAGUAUUUUGCGGUCUCCGUUAAUCUUAUAGAGCUAGGCUUUGUUCCAGGCACUCCAAUCAAAGUUGCGAAAUGGUUAACUUGCUACUAUAUCUAACGAUACUAUCAUGAUAUUGUAUUAUCGAAAUAUGUAUGCAGUUAUCUUAAGGCGGGUUUACACGAUCGUUUUUCCUUAAAUUUUUUUUCGAUAUUGGACCGCGAUGAACGACAACGAUCGUGUAAAAGGCUAAAUUGCUGAAAAAAGUUUGAUGCUAUCUGUCGUUUUUAAUCCGCUUAAUUGGCGAUAAUGAUCCAUCGUUGAAGAUUUUAUUUUGACUCCGGGUCAAAAUAAAAUCUCUACCAUCAUUU